UCUCAUCAGUGACGGAAGGCUGGAUUUGCUUCAGAACUGAGCUGUAAGAAAAUUAACGAUAAUAUCAGUUAAAAAUUAAUUUUUAAAAAUUCUCACUAUGGAAAUUUGAGCUUGCUGACAUUCAGGAAAAUGCCUCGGGAUGAGAAGUUGAGUGUGAGGUCGUUUCAAUUUCAAGAAACGGGAGAGGAGAGCAGAGAACGUGGACGUCUCCAAAAGCGCACCAGGUCCUGAGACGCGCGUCACUUCGCCGGAUAGUGGAGAGGCGCGUAAGAGCGCACAGAACACCUUCCUUCAACAUGAGGGACAAUUGUACACUCGAGAACGGCAGCUCCACCCAACUGUACUCCGCCUCUGACAACUCCUCCAGCACACCCACACCGAUGCCCUUCAACAAUGUCACUUUAAUCAUCUACGCCAUCGUCUUCAUCAUGGGGUUUCUGGGUAACACGCUUGCCAUCUACGUGAUGAUCCGCUACGCCAAGAUGAAGACCGUGACCAACAUAUACAUCCUCAAUCUGGCCGUGGCAGACGAACUCUACAUCCUGGGGAUUCCCUUCCUUGGCACCAACAGCGUGCUUUCCUACUGGCCAUAUGGGGUUUUCUUCUGCAAGGUGUGCAUGACUGUUGACAUCAUGAGCCAGUUCGCCUCCACGUUUUGCCUGACGCUGAUGAGCAUCGACCGCUUCCUUGCCGUGGUUUAUCCCAUUCGCAGCACCAAAUGGAGGAAGCUGCAGGUGGCCAAGGUCUUCAGCGGCCUGGUUUGGGUUGGGUCCUUUGUGUUCGCGCUGCCAGUCACCAUCUUCUCGGAUGUGCAGGAGAAGUUCAACACCUGCAACUUGAGCUGGCCUGAGCCACAAGACAUGUGGUCCAUCGCCUUCAUCCUCUACACAUCCAUCCUGAGCUUCUUCGGUCCGCUCGUUGUCAUCUGCCUCUGCUACCUGCUCAUCGUCAUCAAGGUGAGGUCGGCAGGUGUACGUGCAGGCCGGACAAGGCGGCGCAGGUCGGAGCGAAAGGUGACACGCAUGGUGGUGAUCAUCGUGCUGGUGUUUGUGCUCUGCUGGGGUCCUUUCUUUACUGCCAAUAUUGUCAACCUGGUUCAAGUCAUCCCUGAAAGCACGACCACAGCCGUCUUCUUCUUUACCCUGGUCAUCCUCACCUACGUCAACUCCUGCGCCAACCCCGUCCUCUACGGCUUCCUGUCCGACAACUUCAAGCAGAGCUUCCAGAAAGUGCUCUGCUGCCACAAACCCAACGCUGCCGUGGCGGCGGACAAUACUGGAGCUAGACAGAAUGCGAACAAGACUGUCAAGCUUGAAGCCAUCAGCAACCCUGACAGUGAGCCUCUGAAACAUGCAGCGAACGGCCAGUGACCGCCUUUAACUGCUGUUCUACCACACAGAACACAGAGGACUUUUUAUUAUUAUUAUUGUGUUUUUCUGUCUUUAUUGACACAAAUGACAUUCAUCACUGAGCUCCGCAGUUUUGUUUUUUAUGUCUUUUUAUCUAAUUGAUUGCAUUGUACUAAGCUUCACUGUUUGUCAUGACGUGAAAUAGUCAAAAAACUGAAAAAAUGCUGCCAAUUCUCAGCUUUAUUCACCACAUUUGUUUUUGAUCAUAGUUCAGUAAGAGACCUUGUUUUCUGGAAUGCUUUUUUGCUAAUUUGCAGUAAAAUGUUUAAUCUCACAGCACUAGACUAGAAUUAAACUCACUUUGGCUUUAAUGGACAAUCAUGAGUGGAAUCAAUCUUCUCAUCUGCAGCUAGAACGAAAAUAAAGCUUAUUUUCCAAGAAAUGAACCUCAUAGCAACACAGUGAUUAAAUAGAGCUGUGGAAGUACAUUUACCAUGUUGGGAUUUUCACAUUGGUCAGUGUUUUUUGGGGUUUUUUUUCACCAGGAAUUACUUUAUUACUUUAUCCCAGACAUUGUUCUUCCUUUAAUUGUUGAAUUUACAGCAUUUGCUGUACUUACUGCUAUAACUAGACCCUGUUGGUUGCUUUACACCCAGUAAAUAGAACUGAUGAUCACGACUAUUAUAUUUAUUUUACUUUUGACAGGUUUUUUUGUGACACCUUGACAGUAAAGGAGCAUUUUCUGACCUGCAGCUGCUGGAUUAUGACAUUUGAUGACAGCAUUUUUAGAAAACACUGCAUUUUUUCUCCAAGGUUGAGCCCAGAAAAGACCCUGUGAACAAUAUUUAUGGUGACUUUGAAGAUGUUUUAAGAAAUAACAGGUGACAAGAGAUUCAUUUGUGUAAGAAAUGCUGUGAAUUUUGCAAUAUUCUGCAUUUAAUUCCUUACACAUAUGCCAUAAAUGCUAACACGGUCAUGUUAUCAUGCAUAUCAAUGAACAGUGAAACCUAUUAUGCAUGCAUAAAUUCUAUAUGAUACACUGCAGGGCUGCGUCUGCAUGAAACAAAGCUCUUCUAUGUGUACAUCCAUCCCAUGAAAUUUAUGUUUAUUGUAACUUAUCAGUGUAAAGACAGUUUCUCUGUUUCAGACUGAAGCACUUUAAUGUUAUUUCCAGUUGAAACGAAACAACGGCAGCUUGAAUAUUAAUGUCUCGGCACGAAGAAAUUUAGUUUUCCAUUUUUUGGGAAACAACAACACAAAGUAGCUUUUUCCCAACAGCGCUGCCCAUUGAAGCUUAUCUGGGGAAAAAAACAAAA